GAAAGGAGGUUGGCUGAUUUAUUUAUUCCAAAGGAUUUAUACCCCGAAAAAGGACUUGGUACAAUAGAUUAGAUGAAACAGAUAAAUCUGCCAAGCUAUGCCAGAUUCUUUCAUUUUGGAGACUGAUAAUGGCAACAGGCUUCAAACAUCUGGGACUGGGACUGCUCGUUUUGCUCCUCUCCCUUCAUCUUCAUCUUCUUCCUGCACUUGCUCAUAAUUCCUUGGUCGCAGACCUCAAUCAAGAAAAAAAUGUUAGAGAAACAAUAGUACCAAAAAACUUGUCACUCUCAGUCAAACUGGGAGACAAACACGAGAUCAAAGCCGUAGAAAGGCGUGGUGGCGCUGUUGCCGCCCAUGGCGGAGGAGGAGAUCCUGCUAACGGCGCAGGGGAUGCUGCUGGGGAUAAUGGUAGAGAGACAAAGUCACCCGAUACGCAGAGUAGAGGCGGCGCUAUAAACCAUAACCGUUAUCACCAUCAUGGCUCCAGCAGUGGCACCUUUAACUGCAUUGGGUCGAGUUGCUUGGUUUUAACCCUCUUGACCACUUUCUUUCUUGAAUUUUCUAUAUAGCAUCUGAUCUCUCUUUCCUUUUUUCUGUUUGGAAGGUUUGUAUGAUGUUUGGUGUAUGAUUAUCAAAUGAAACUUUAAAUAUGUAAGGCCUUUUUUUUAAUUUUUAAGAGUGUAAAAUGUGAACAUGGUACUAUAAACAUCUGCAUUGCAUUAAUCAGAUGAUAUUUUGGUACUUCGGACCUUUCAUAA